AUGUACCCAAGAAGCAGUAACAAAAGAUUUUUAUUCACCUCAGAAUCCGUAGGUGAGGGCCAUCCAGAUAAAAUUUGUGAUCAAGUCUCCGAUGCUAUUCUCGAUGCCUGUCUAGCGGAAGACCCACUAUCCAAAGUAGCUUGUGAAACUGCCGCCAAAACUGGGAUGAUUAUGGUCUUUGGUGAAAUUACCACUAAGGCUGAGUUGGACUAUCAACAGAUUGUCAGAGACACUAUCAAGAAGAUUGGUUAUGACUCCUCCGCUAAAGGGUUCGAUUAUAAGACUUGUAACGUGUUGGUUGCUAUUGAAAAGCAAUCUCCUGAUAUUGCUCAAGGUUUGCAUUAUGAGAAGGCUAUUGAAGACUUGGGUGCAGGGGACCAGGGGAUUAUGUUUGGUUAUGCUACUGAUGAAACACCAGAGGGAUUACCAUUAACUAUCCUUUUAGCUCACAAAUUGAAUAUGGCCAUGGCUGAUGCCAGAAGAGAUGGGUCAUUGGAAUGGAUGAGACCAGACACUAAGACUCAAGUGACUGUCGAAUAUGAAGAUGAUCACGGAAGAUGGGUGCCAUUGAGAAUAGAUACAGUCGUGGUCUCCGCUCAACAUGCUGAGGAAAUUAGUACUGAAGACUUAAGGUCCCAAAUCAAGACUGAAAUUAUUGAUAAAGUCAUCCCAGCUGAUAUGAUGGAUGAAAACACUAAAUUCUAUAUUCAACCUUCAGGAAGAUUCGUCAUUGGGGGACCUCAAGGUGAUGCCGGUUUAACUGGGAGAAAGAUUAUUGUGGAUGCCUAUGGUGGUGCUUCCUCCGUUGGGGGUGGUGCUUUCUCUGGUAAGGAUUAUUCCAAAGUGGAUCGUUCAGCUGCUUAUGCUGCAAGAUGGGUGGCCAAGUCAUUGGUAGCUGCUGGUUUAUGUAAAAGAGUUCAAGUGCAAUUCUCAUAUGCUAUUGGUAUUGCUGAACCAUUAUCCUUGCAUGUAGAUACUUACGGAACUUCAGCCAAGUCGGAUGAAGAAAUUAUUGCCAUUAUUAAGAAGAAUUUUGAUUUAAGACCAGGUGUCUUAGUCAGGGAAUUAGAUUUGGCAAGACCAAUUUAUUUCCCAACUGCUUCAUAUGGUCAUUUUACCAACCAAGACUAUCCAUGGGAGAAACCAAAAACUUUGAUUCUUUGA